AUGAAUACUCCUAGUAAUGUAACCUCUGGCUACUAUUGCGAAAUAGACAGAUUCAGAUGCUUGAAAUGUGGACACGAUGAUUACCACCACAGAUACCGGUGUGGAAGACAUUUGGUCGGGGAUGCUUAUUGUAGAGAAGCGAUACCCAUGAUCACACCUGAUAGGAAUAUGUAUUGUAGGGAUUGCACAAGAGACAGCGAUGAUCUGGAUAUAGGUAACCAAGAUCGUAUGUCACUGGAAAAACUACCAGCAAGUCGAUAUGUACCCGUCAGCAGUAACAUCACACAAGGAGGAACGGCGGCACUUCAGCCUACGUCUACCAAUGUUUUGCAAUCACCAGGUCCUGCCAAUCGAAACAUGUUGUCAGCAGGGUGGAGCGAGCCUGGAGGUUUUCCACUUUCGACGUUAAACUCACAAUCCUCAGCUCAUGUAUCUCCAGACCAAGAUCACGCGAUAGCAUCACUAGCGUUUCAAAAUCCCCCCUCAGCACAGCCAUCGUCGGAGAAUAGCAACACAAUCACAGCACCACCACCAACACUAGCACCAACACUAGCAACAGCACCAACGCUAGCACCAACGCUAGCAAGAGAACCAACACCGCCAUCAACACCACCACCGGAACUAACACCACCAUUAACACCAGCACCCGAGCCAUCACCAGGACCAUCACCAGGACCAGCAUCCGCACCAACACUAGCACCAGGACCAGUAUCAGCACCAGCAUCAACACUAGCUCCAGGACCAGUAUCAGCACCAGUAUCAACACCAGGACCAGCAUCCGCACCAACACUAGCACCAGGACCAGGACCAUCACCGAACCCAGGACCAACACUAGCAUCAGUAUCAACACCAGGACCAGUAUCAGCACCGAACGCAGGACCAUCACCAAACCCAGGACCAUCAUCGAACCCAGGCCCAUCAUCAAACCCAGGAUCAUCAUCAAACUCCGAACCAUCCCCAUCCCCAGCACCCCAACCAGCACCCCAACAACCCGGAAUCUGGGAGCGACUCCGUCGCUGGUGCUGUUGCUAUUCCUAG